CAGUUUUUAAGUUAAUAUUUGUUUGUUUUGGGUAAUUAUCAAACGUGUACCUUCCCUUUAAAUGUCGGGAAAAGAUAAAUUGUUUAUUGUGAAAUUGUUUGCCUUUAUCCUGUCAUAUCACAUGAGCUUGAACUUAUUAUUUCUCCCCAAACGUUGAAGAAUGCGGGCGAAUCAUGUUAUGGUUUUCGUGUGACGUCAGAGGUCACAUCGUCUAUACAAAAGUUCACCUGAAUCCCUUAACCCCUGCAUGCCUUUUUGUCGGCUAUUACAAUAAGCUGUUGAUAUUGAACGUGGCCCGAUACACUGGUUGUACAGAAGUACAUGUACAUGCUGCAUAAACGCAGUUCUUGGUCGGCACAAUCAUACAUGUACGUUGGGGGAAAGGUUUACAGGUACUUGUAUAUAGAUACCUGGUUACCUGCUGAAGUUUAAUUUUGCCUGGAUUAAGCCAAUAAAGCGGAACGACUUUUCAUAUGAUUAGUUAUGCAGCAUGAUUCCGACAAAUGCAGCCUGACAGCCAGUUUACUACAGCAGCAGUUAAUAUAGUCAAUCAUUCGCCGUGAUGGGUGACUGUACAGAAGCCGGCGUACCCGUAAUUGACUUCAGCGCUUACAGACUGUCACUGACCAAACCAGACACCACUCAGUUUCAGAAACUUGUAGGUGAUGUUCACAAAGCUCUUACAACAAUCGGCUUCUUCUAUAUCGUCAACACGGACUUCCCACAUGCAAAAGUUGACGAGUUGUACAAAGUGUCCAAGGAGUUUUUCGAUCUUCCACUCGAGGGAAAACAAAACCCGCCAAUAUCUGCUAACAGGAGCCAGGGUUACGCCAAAAUCGGCAGGGAACGCCUCAACACGGAUCGACCGUACGGUGACCUGAAAGAGUCAUUUAAUUACUCUGCAGCUACUAAAGAUAAUGAGUGGCCAAUUGAAUCAGCGUGUCCUGGAUUCAAGACUACCAAUAAGGAUUUCUUUGAUCUGUGUGUACCUCUGCAUGACCGAGUCUUGGAAGUCAUGGCCCACGGCCUCAACCUUGAGGACCCUUUGUUUUUCGUGAAGCGCCAUGCAGAGCCUACUAUGAAUUGUCUUCGGACACUGUUCUACCCUUCUCUGAGUGACGUCACUGCCAGGGAGCAACAAGUUCGGUGUGGUGAGCACACGGACUACGGUGCCAUAACGCUGCUGUUUCAACAGAGACCGGGCUUAGAGGUCUGUAAGAGUGAUGGUAGCUAUUUCAGAGUGCCGUUGGUUGAGGGCGGAAUUCUGGUCAAUGUUGGCGACUUGAUGCAGAGAUGGACAUCCGAUCUGUACAUUGCAACGAAACAUCGUGUUCUCUUGGACGAUUCGGCAGAGGAACGGGGCAAGAGUCGCCAGUCAGUCGUUUUCUUUGGCUACCCAAGCAUCGACACCACCAUUGAGUGUAUUGACAAGAGCAACAAAUACCCACCUAUUGACAGCAUGGAGUACUUGGAUUCCAGAUUUUAUGACACGUAUUGAAGACAAUAUUAUAGUAAACCAUGUGACAUUUUAAUAGGUGGAAAUUGAGCAUUAUAUAACAAAUUUCCAGCUAUAUAUCAAAUCGUUGCGGUACCCGUAAAUUACCUCUUUCUAAAAAACACGUUAUUUCGAUGGAGCCGUUUCUCACAUUGUUUGAUCAACAGCUCUCUGUUGCUCGUUACCAAGCAAUUUUGUAUGCUUAUAGCCAUUUUAAGAAAUUACUAACAAGUCCGAUGCCAUUUAAUCCUUAAAUCAAUCGACGUUGCAAUUAAGGACCGAAACUAAAACUUGUUGCACAUCUUUGUGUGCUUGCAGAUGCCUAUAAGAAAGACUUCAUUCAGGCCUGAAGUCUUUUUCAUAUUAAAUAUUUUAGUGAG